GCACGCACUGGAAACUUGAUCCCCGAACUCUAUCACCAAGGGGUCGACAAUUACCACCUCACUCUCAAGGACUUCGGGACUUUCUGCCCUCUGCUCACCCUGAGCAACAACCAUGAUCCACGAGUGAUCCCCAACAACCUGCCCCCUGACAACCUCCACGCAUUUACCAACCAGGGGAACCUCCGUCCGGGACACCCCCCAGACCUGGACCCGCAUACCCGAGACACGCAGAGCUACUCCCGCACAAACUGGGAACUCCCGACAGGGCCCCAUGGGCCCAA